UCAAAUGAAUCCAAAAUGACAGACGUGUGUCUUUUCUACUGAUAACGCAUAAAUAAAUAAAUAAUUCGGUAAAAUGGAUAACAAACCGUCGUUAAGUCAGUAUUUCGCAGACUCUGAAGCGCCGCCCGCCUCCCAGUUUUUCGACGAGAUCGGAACUGCACCAUCCGACAUGAUACAAAGUGUUUACUUGGGCGACACAGAAGGUGCAAGUAAUCCAACGACUACAGCUAACCUUUUUCCGCAAAAUAUGACUGCAUCUUUUACGCAGCAUCGAAUAGCUCAAGAAGUUACGUUUUCUAACGUUCUGCCCACCGUGAGCGGUACCGCGUCGUUGCCGGCGGCUGCCCUGCCUGAUCCAUCAACAUUCUUCGAUACUAUUGGCCCUGAGCCUCAAAUUGGGCCUCCUAAGAGCGGUUUGGCUAGUCCAAACGUUCUUACCGAAGCUAUGGAUGGUCUGAGUGUCAAGAACCAGCCAGUAGACAAAGAAGCUGAUAGAAGAAGAGAUGCGUGGCUGCCUAAUGAGGAAGCUAAGAAGACUUUAAUGAAGGCCCAAUCUUCUCCGAAAGGCUCCUUCUUCCCUGAGAGAGAAGUGCUCACCAUGCCAGGCAUAGUUCUAGAAGAAGAAUUGGCGGACGCCCUACAAGAAGUGGCAGUGAAGUACCUGGGCGUGAGCUCUGCCGGCAGCCGCGGAGUGGUCCGCGCGGAGCACGUGAGCCGCGACGACGCCGGGCUGCGCGAGCUGCUGCGCACCGGCUACCUGCGCGCCGCGGUCAACCACACGCACACGCUGCUCACGGCUGCGCAGCAAGGAGCAGGCCGCAUGCACCGUCCAUCGAAGCAUACUCCUCGCACCCUGCAGCUGUGGCUCACCAGGUUUGCAGUCAUGCUGCGGAUCAGACUGCACGAGCCACUCCUGCAAGAGGCUGAAGCCUUCGGGGACUUUAGCAAGCCUGACAUGUUCUAUGAGUUCUACCCGGACUCGUUCGAGAAUCGAACCGGGUCCCUUGUGCCGUUUUCCCUGCGCCUGUUAGUAGCUGAGCUGCCGGGGCAUGUCGGCAAACCUGAGGAAGCUAUCGACAGACUGUAUGCUAUGCUGGAUAUCAUACACAAGAUGCUGAAGAACCUUCGAGAAGGCAAGACAGAAGAUGGAUCAGGGACAGUGUCCGAGCAAGAUAAGGAGGAGUCUCUUCGGCUGUGGAGUGGUAGGGAGACCAGGGUACUGCAUUCCAUCGUCAACUGCGCUAUUGCUUUGAAGGAUUUCCGGCUAGCCGGUAAGAUCUUAGUAUCUGUACGACAGCAAGCGUCGACGCCCACACAACGCAGAGCGCUGUCCAGCGCCCUCUGUCGGCUGUGGCUGCUAGCUGGACACGUGAAGGCCGCCAUGACAUAUUUGGAAGACGCCAAGGACUCCAGACAACAUAUCUGUCCGACGCCAGACGUGCGUGAAUACGUGGACCUUGGUUUGAUAGACAUAGCGCACGGCAAGUAUCAAGACGCGUACAACAACUUCGCGAGAGCUGCAGACCAGGAACCCACCAACAUUAUGGUAGCCAACAACCUGUCCGUCUGCCUGCUAUACAUGGGUCGUCUGAAGGAAGCCAUCGCUGUACUCCAGAAGGCAAUCCACUCGGACCCUGAGAGGGGCCUGAAUGAGAGCCUCCUCAUAAACCUCUGCACUCUAUACGAACUGGAGUCCUCAAAAACCAAUGAGAAGAAGAUGAAUUUACUACGAAUGCUAUGUAAAUAUAAAAGUGAUACCAUACCUAAUGUUUUGGAAUGUCUAAAGUUGAGUUAAGCUAAUGUUUAUGAUAGGUGAUUGAAGGGGGUCUAAAAAGCCACAUCCAAACAAUAAAAAAAACAUCAUCCCCCUAACAUUAUCCCGUUUUUCAGUGUCCGCUUACCCAACCUGAAGACUUGACAGGUCCGGUUGUUUACAAAAGCGACUGCCUGUCUGACCUUCCAACCCGCGAUCCCCUAGCGAAACCAGCCCAAUACAUGUUAAAUUAGGUUAUUUACCUAAAAAACAAUAUUGCAAUUUCACAUUUGCGCAUAUUGUUUUUUUUAGCUGAAUUGCUUCAAUGUUGCCUAUAUUCCCCCCCCCCCCCCUUGAACGCGAUACAAUGCUAGAAAUAGAGGCCAGUGUAAGACGAUCAAAAGUCAAUCUCAUUUUUUCUGUAAAUAUUGUAUUAUUAUUAAAUAUUGUUUCACCUAUGAAUAUCUAUAUUUUUUUUCAAUGAGGGACUAUCCAGGCUAAAAAUAUAGAUGGCGUUAUACAGAUUUAACGUGAUACGGUCACGAGUACUAAUAUGUAUACACUUUGAAACCAUGUCACAUUAACUUUUUUGACAAAUAAAACCGUAAAUGUGAUUAAAUGUCAAAUACGAUAGUGCGAUAAGGUUCUAAAGUGGGUACAUGUUAUUGUUUAUGACAGUAUACAGUAAUGUCUGACUGUAUACAUAAACUCACGCCUAUUCCCACCGGGGUACGCAGAGACUACGGAAUUCCAUUUGCUUCGAUCCUGACACACAUUCAAAGGAAGCCAUCGCUGUACUCCAGAAGGCAAUCCACUCGGACCCUGAGAGGGGCCUGAAUGAGAGCCUCCUCAUAAACCUCUGCACUCUAUACGAACUGGAGUCCUCAAAAACCAAUGAGAAGAAGAUGAAUUUACUACGAAUGCUAUGUAAAUAUAAAAGUGAUACCAUACCUAAUGUUUUGGAAUGUCUAAAGUUGAGUUAAGCUAAUGUUUAUGAUAGGUGAUUAAAGGGGGUCUAAAAAGCCACAUCCAAACAAUAAAAAAAACAUCAUCCCCCUAACAUUAUCCCGUUUUUCAGUGUCCGCUUACCCAACCUGAAGACUUGACAGGUCCGGUUUUUUACAAAAGCUACUGCCUGUCUGACCUUCCAACCCGCGAUCCCCUAGCGAAACCAGCCCAAUACAUGUUAAAUUAGGUUAUUUACCUAAAAAACAAUAUUGCAAUUUCACAUUUGCGCAUAUUGUUUUUUUUUAGCUGAAUUGCUUCAAUGUUGCCUAUAUAUAUCCCUCCCCCUUGAAUGCGAUACAAUGCUAGAAAUAGAGGCCAGUGUAAGACGAUCAAAAGUCAAUCUCAUUUUUUCUGUAAAUAUUGAAUUAUUAUUAAAUAUUGUUUCAUCUAUGAA